CACCACCGUCCAUUUCUCCCACACAACACACGCACUGAGCAAUAUAUACACACAGCCAUUUGUGUCUAUCUAGGGUUUGUUUACCUUUAUUGUAUCUAUAUCUACCCACCCUCCUUUUCAUCAAUACACAUAUUCAUGGCAUUUCAGGAAGAUGAAGGUGGGGCCUCUGAUAUAAGCACUAGCGAUGGCGAAAACGAACCGGGUCGACCCGUUUUCAAAGAGGAAGACAGGGAGUCGGGUCGGAGAGGCGCCGGAGUUUUGUCGUUGAUGAAGAUGGGUGUGGAGGAUAUGAGCCAGGUGGAAAAACCCAUGAUUGCGAAACGCUCGACGAAGGAUAGGCACACGAAAGUGGAGGGUCGGGGCAGGAGGAUCCGAUUACCCGCGACAUGUGCGGCCCGGGUCUUCCAGUUGACCCGAGAAUUGGGUCAUAAGUCUGAUGGAGAAACAAUCCAGUGGCUGCUGGAACACGCGGAGGAUGAGAUUAUAAGGGCCACCGGCACCGGAACUGUGCCGGCGAUUGCUGUCUCCGUCGGUGGGGCCCUCAGGAUCCCCACCGAGGGUGGCGGCCGUGCUGACGUGGAUGGUAGUGGUGAUAAUAACAAGGGGAAAAAGAGGAGGUUAAAUGAUGAUUUAAAUGUUGCAGCGGGUGGUGGAGGUGGGUCCCAGUCCGUGGGGCUGGCACCGGUGGGGCCCAUGCCGUUCUGGGUCCCGUCGAAUGGGUUCUGGAUGAUGCCUGCCACGGUGGCAAAUGUGGGGGGCCCACAGGGUCAGUAUCAGGUUGUCUGGCCGGUGCCGGCAACGGAGAUGACGCCGGCGGGGGUGAGUUCCGUUGAUGACAAGUAUAGGGAUGUUUUGUACGGUCAAAAGGAGUUGGAACUAAUGGGAAAGAAGAUCAUGUGAUGUGAGGAUCAUAGGAAAAAUAGAUACACAAAGAGCUGAGUUUAUGUGGGACAAUUAUGAGUAUUUUUGUAAGGUUUUUUCAUGGUUGAACUCUAAUAGUAUGUUUUGAUACAAACUUUUCAAGUGUUUCUGUAGUUUGGUGUUUGGCUAUAGUCGUAGGUUUGGCUGAUUUAUAUGGUACUUCUUAAAUUUUAAAGAAGCUUCAUAUGUAGAAAUUGAAA